CUCGGCUUUCGGCGGGCGGACGGUGCGCGGCGGCCGGCGAACGUGCGCGACAGUGCCGCCACGCACGCUCGCGACCCAGUCCGCUCUCAAGUUUUUAGAAGCCGCCGGUGUCCCCGUUCUGAAUCUCUGAGCCAUCGUCAAUUAAAUUGUGCUCAUUCCAGUGUAUCGAGUUUCGUGUAAAGCUAGGUCAGGUGGCGGCUAGUAGUUGAGUGGUAGGUGGCAGUGCGGCGGUGCGGUGCGGCGGUGCGGUCGAUUGUAAGGUAGGCGCGUGCAGUACAAGGUGGUCGGCUAGUCGGCUGGUAGCUCCAGCUGGCGGUGUUUACACGCCGUGCCUGCACCCGCACCGCCGAACGGCGCCCGUGCGCUUGCUCGCUGCAUGCACCCCUCAUAUACUAUUCGUCGUUGUGAAUUUUUUACUUUCUCAACAAGCGACUUUAGAGGUAUUUAAUGCUUAUUCAAAUCGACUCUUUACAGUGAGCACUUUUGUAGCGCACAUUGUCACUGCGUCACGAACCGAGCAUAAGCAUCGAUACUGAUUUCUCAUAGUUCAUUCGAGUGAUAUCACGACUAAAUAAGUAUGGGUGCUAAAGAAAGCGUGGAGGCUGCUAAAUUUUCUGCGCAAAAUUGGAACAAUUUUGAGCAUGGAGUUGUGAAACAUCACUAUAGACACGGUACUCAACGCUCUCAGAGUCUCAAUCGUGGGCACUCUCUGUCGCGCUCCGAUGGCACCUGGUGACAUCACGGGACCACGGGCAGCGUAGUAACGUGUGCCGAGUGCGGACAGCGCACGAUGGGCAACAAACUAUCGUCUUGCUCGUGCGCGCCCAUCCUCCGCAAGGCGUACCGCUAUGAAGAUAGCCCGUGGCAGAACUCCCGACGACGUGAUGGACAUCUAUUAAGGCUGUGGGCGGAGGUAUUCCACGUGUCAGCCAGUGGAGCUGGUACAGUCAAAUGGCAGCAAGUAUCCGAGGACCUGGUGCCAGUCAACAUCACCUGCAUCCAGGACUCACCGGAAUGUGUGUUCCACAUCACCGCGUAUAACUCACAGGUCGACAAAAUUUUAGACGUCAGACUACUCCAGCCUGGCACUCGUAUCGGUCAGGCCUCCGAAUGCUUCGUGUACUGGAAGGAUCCUAUGACUAACGACACCUGGGGCCUCAACUUCACUUCGCCCAUCGAUGCAAAACAAUUUAGGGAAUGCUGCUCACCAUCAUUCAAAUUCUCACGUAAGGCAUCUUCGAGCUACAGCCUGAAACUCGAGCCACCGGGCAGCAAGCAGAAGAUGAAAACUAAGAGGAAACCAGUAUCUACACCAGCCAGCCCUAACCGAUCGAGCAGUCUGACAUAUGGCCGCGAACCACAAUGCACUUGCAUGACUCAAGAACAAUAUUCCAGGCUACGAGCUCAAGACCCUCGCUAUCGCUCGUCAACUUUGCCGCGAACAGCUACUCGUGCUAUUGAGACGGACGCAGCCGCUGGUGCAGGUCGCUCCGACAAAGUCGCCGCUGCAACAUCUUCCACAUCGCUUUACGACAAUGUCACCAAUACACAGCCGCAAAACCAGGCGCCACCUAAACCUGCAACCCGCCAGAGUGAGAGUCAAGCUCCAUCGCGUCCUCCAAAAUCUCAGGAGACCUCCACCAUGACUACAAACACCUCAACGGCUCCGAAAACAGUGACAGCAUCGGUAGGAACACAUGGCACUAGUACCAGCGAGGAAUCACAAACCUCUACGGGCACUACAGUUCAACAUGCUCAAGACCUGAAGUCUGAAGGGGUACAGGCUGGCGGAACGCUUACCUCCAAAUCUUCCUCAACAUCCACUCGAUCAAAGGACCACCUGCAGCACAUGCCUAAAAGUGUGGACUACGGAGAUGGAAACGAAUCUUCUCGUGAAUCUGACAGACACUCUAUGCACAACCACAACGUAAUCAAUAACAACACAUCUGGGUCACGACGUACAAAGUCAAAAAGCACAGAAGAUAUGAAUAUGGACUCGAGCACACUCAAGCGUAUGCUCAAGCCGAUGCCAUCUACUGAGAGCCCAGUAACGUCACCUGAAAUGGGGCGCCGGCGGUACGGCGGUGCCUGCCCACCGACCUGCGGACCCCACGGACAUCGCCACCAACCACAUGGUCAUGGACAUUACGCCCAUAUCGUCAACAAUAACAGCAGACAGGGAUCUCAAAGAUACUCAUCAACCAACCGUGGCGUUGGUGUGGGUGCAGCACCAAGUGGCUACCCCGGUCGUGGCUUAUAUUUGGAGCUAGGAGGUGGUGAAAGGGAUUUGUCCCCUCCGUCUGAUAAUGUGAUGUUCGAUAAUCAGUGCUAUGCCACGACUCCAUCAUCAUCCAACGGCAACUCUGAUCAGGAACCCUGUCGCCGCGACCGGGAACAAGCAAUGCAUCAGAGGCAGCAUCAUCACGGUCAGAAACCCUGCCUGUCUCGGCAGGCAUCUCAGUCUAGUGCGACACCAGCCCCAGGCUCCCCUACAUCUCGUUUGCUGUUAGAAUAUGAAAUGCAUCUCCGGAAUACUCUCGCUAAGGGCAUGGACGCUGAGAGUUACAGCCUGCAUACAUUUGAGGCCCUGUUGAGUCAGAGUAUGGAAGACUUAGAAUACAACGACAGCAUGCCGCCUUCAAAUCAGCGCAGUCCAUAUCCGUCUCGUAGAAGACCAGCAUCUCAAUGUUCCGGCGGUGGCAGCCGCUCCUCCACUUUGCCCUUGCCACAUCGCCUCGGUGUUGAGAGACAGCACAGCGCACGCUCUGACCGCGAUGGCUAUUACAGUGAUCGUAACGAGCUGAUGAGGGAGAGAGAGCGGGACCGGGAACGUGAAAGGGGAUAUCUUAGCGACCAUAAUACUAGGGAUCGCAUACGAGAUCGUGAUCAAGGUUAUCUGAGCGAUCAUCAAUCUAGUUUUGUAAGUGCGUCUCGUUGCGCUUCUUGCAUCGGCGAGUCAGCUCGGUCGGCAUGGUACCGUCAUUCUGAUGGAUGGCGAGGCGCUCCACCACCAGGCCCUCGUCGUUCACCCUGGGACUCCUUACCAAGUCUACGACAUGAAGGCAGCCUUAACGACUCCGGUUAUAGAAGCAAUCGAGCUGAUAGCUUUGAACAACGUGGUGUGUUCGACCGUCAAGACAGCGUGCGCUCAGAGUACACAAGUGACCGGGAAUCCUCACGUUAUGGCAUCGUACAGCAAGCCUCUAUAGAUAGCACUGACUCCAGAAUUUGUUACCUGACUUCUAGCGAGAUAUCAGACGAUGAUCGCAUGUCUUUGACGACGGCUGUAUCUGAUGAAGAGGAUCCUGGCGAGAGCGCAAUGAACUCUCCUUACAAGGGAAAGCAGACGGGAGCCGCUGCUGCCUCCUUUAACUGCACUGGGGCUGUAAGAAAGGCUGGAUUCUUAAGUGUGAAGAAAUGGUUGCUGCGUAAAAAGCAUCAGAUUGAAUUGGCUCGAAAACGAGGCUGGAAAGGGUAUUGGGUGUGUUUGAAAGGCACUACUCUAUUAUUCUAUCCUUGCGAUUCAAGAGAGGGACGCUCUGUGGAAGCUGCACCUAAACACCUCAUAAUAGUCGAUGGUGCCAUCAUGCAACCUAUCCCAGAACAUCCCAAACGAGAUUACAUAUUCUGCUUAAGUACGGCUUUUGGUGACGCCUACCUAUUUCAGGCUCCUUGUCAGGUGGAGCUUGAAAACUGGGUAAACAGCAUACAUAGUGCAUGCGCAGCAGCUUUCGCACGUCAUCGCGGUAAGACGGGGACGCUUCAUUUACUGCAAGAGGAAAUUUAUCGAUUGGAAAAAGCAAUAGAAACGGAUCACAAACUCAAACACAUGGCAGAUCUUCAGCAGUCGGUCGUAUCAGACCCGGAAACAAGAGCUCAAUUGGCCGUUCAAAUGCUGCAAUGGGAGGAAAACCUCGAGAGAUUGCACUGCGAACAAUUCAGACUCCGAUGUUACAUGGCGAGCUUACAGAGCGGUGAACUUCCUAAUCCUAAGUCGUUGCUGACGCACGUAUCUCGAGGCACCAAGACCACUUUGAACAAGCUGGGGGUGUUUACGGUGUCCUCGUUCCACGCGUUCAUCUGUGCUCGUUCUCCAUCUUUACUCAAUAACUUACUGGCUGGUCGCGGCGCCACCAAACGACGCGCUCCCAACCUGUCCAGAUCAAAUUCUGGAUCUAGCCGACGUUCUAUGCAGAUGUCUCGCGAGGAAGGUGAAGCGGCCGUCAGGGUAUCGUUACCCGAGGGCACCACCGCAACUGUGGGCGUCAGGGAGGGUAUGUCUGUGGAGGAAUUCCUCGCUGCAGCCUGCGCUAGACGAUCACUCAACCCAUUAGAGCACUUCGUCAGAGUUAAGAAACGACGGGAUAUGGAAGAUCAUAAUUAUUUUGUACCACAUAGGAGCGACCUCAUCGAGACAUAUCUCCAUACACAUGAAGUCGUGGAAGUAUGUGCGAAGAUUCUGUAUCAAGUAGAGCUGCAGCGGAAUACCCUGGAACAAAUGUGGGGCUUCAGUGUGGAGGCUGAACUCAUAGAAAACGCGGAACGUCAAGACGAACUCUGCUGUUACGUCAGUCGUGUUGAGGACAAAAGCGUUGCUAUGCAAAAUGGUAUAAUUAAAGGCGACGAAAUAAUGGUGAUUAACGGGGCGAUCGUAUCUGACCUAGAUAUGAUGUAUUUGGAAAGCGUAUUGCAAGAGGAACUCUCGCUAGUUAUGAUGAUGAGGUCAUCUAGGACGGAGCCGCCAGAACUAAGCGGAGUAAUGCGAGCUGCCACAGACGACAUAAUCGAUUCCUUAGUGUGUCCGCCGCCGCCCAGCGAGCCUCCAGUCAUCUCCGAUGACAUGAUAUCAGGACUCAUCGUACCAGCGCCCGCAUGGAGCAAAGAAUUAUACAGUCCAGAGACAGAAAUUCAUGGAGAAGCAACUAGUACGGGCCCACCGAAAGUAAGCUCUCGUACUAAUUCCUUCGAGAUCGAGAACCUACUCAAGAAGUGUGGACGUGUCCGUGUGCGGCAGAGCGCGGAGCAGGUGACGGGGUGGUGUCGUUCCCCUGCGGACACGCGCCGUGGGAGUCCCACCGGCAGCACCAGCGCCGCUGUCACACCAUCAAGGCAUCUGUCGGACGCUGACAAGCUGAGGAAGGUGCUUAUGGAGCUUGUGGACACUGAACGAGCUUACGUCAAGCAUUUAAACAAUCUAUUGGAAAAUUACCUUGAACCGUUGAAGAAGGAAACUUUUCUAUCAAACGCUGAAAUCAACGCUCUGUUCGGAAAUAUUCAGGAGAUAGUAACUUUCCAAAGACAAUUCUUGCAAAACUUGGAGGAGGCGCUCGAGGCCGAACCGAACUUUAAUCAUUUCGAAUUUUCAAAUCAGUUUAAGAACGUUCUUUUCGCUGUUGGGAAUGCCUUCCUCUAUUACGUCAACCAUUUUAAAUUAUACAGUUCCUUCUGCGCCAGUCACAGUAAGGCACAGAAAGUUUUACAUCCAAAUGAAGGCAAUCAAGCGCUUCAAGAAUUUUUAGCAGCUCGUAAUCCAAAGCAGCAACACUCGUCAACGUUGGAGUCGUAUUUAAUUAAACCAAUUCAACGAAUCCUAAAGUAUCCAUUACUUCUACAACAAUUGCGAAACUUAACUGACGUAAAUUCCGAGGAACAUCUUCAUUUAGUAGAGGCUUUGAAGGGAAUGGAAAAAGUGGCGGAACACAUAAAUGAAAUGCAACGAAUCCACGAGGAGUACGGUGCUAUAUUUGAUCAUUUGUUUAGACAACACCAGAAAUCAUGCAAACAACCGAUCGACCUGAGUCCUGGAGAUCUGUUGUACUAUGGGGGAGUAGAAUGGUUGAAUAUAUCAGACUUUUUAGGUAAAAUAAAGAAGGGUUUGGAGUUGCACGCUAUGUGUUUUGUAUUUAAAUCAGCCGUUGUCUUCCUUUGCAAAGAAAGACUGAGACAAAAGAAAAAGUUAAUGGGUGUAUCCACAAAAAAUAAUUCGAAUGAAGUGGAAAUAAUACGUUAUCAAGUACUAAUACCGGUGACGGAGGUCCAGGUCCGAGCCUCUUCUGCUAAAGACAUGGAUAGCCACUUCCUUUGGGAACUUAUACACCUGAGGAGCCAACUGCAGCGGCGCUCCGAGAAAGUAUACGUUCUGUCCAACAGUACGGCGGAUUUCCGUAACGCAUUCCUCAAGACAAUCAGACAGAUCAUUCGGGAGUCGGUCCGCAAUAUGUCCCUCCCGAGCUCUCGGCCUGCGCCUGCGCCACCUCGGGCGCCUAACACACUCGACCGACCGAAGCAUCAGGUGCAGGUUAUGCAGGGAUCGCAAACUCUUGGCAAAACUAAGAAACCUAAAACGUCCGGUCAGAGAUUGUCUGCCGGUAAUAUAGAGGUUGGAGAUUUGUCUCGUGAAAAUUCACAAGAUGCAGAAGAACCUCCCCAAGUUUCGGAACUAUCGUCUGAUGAAACUACAUUCAGACACAGAAGCAAGACUGUGGGGGACGCAGCAGGUAAACCAUACAACAGCAUCGUGAAACGUCCUGUUCCUUCCGCUGCGACGACCACUGACACAGACAAGUCUGAAGGGGGUUCCAAGUCGGAGGGUGAGGACGAGCCGCCACCACCACCCGCUAAGCGAGGGUUAGGACGCACUCCCAACCAUCUCACCCUCAGCACAACUUCAACACUAAGCGCUGGUAGCACGGGUAGCCAGGCUAGACUUAUUCAAUCGUCUCACCAACCUACACAAUACCAGCCGACUAUGAUCAAAGAACUAGGGUCGCCCGUGUGGAAGCCGCGUGAGGCGAGCGGUGAGGCGGGGGCGGCAGUCGGGCUCUCCGCCGCCGCCCCUGCCCCGGCUCCUACCACGCUACCACGCUCACAGCGACCCGUACCACGAGCGCCGCAUCUCUCCGCCAGUCGCAAGUCUCUCGCGCCGGACCACCGACACUAACUUCACCUGUCUGCCUAACACAUUUCGAAUGACCCAUCCUCCCCUGUCUUGAUUCUCACCAUCUUUACACUUGAAUAACUAAAAAAAUAUCCGCCUUUAAAUAUUGCAACUCGAGAUUCGUUUUCGAUUCGAAACAUUUUCCAUCGAUGAGAAAUGAUCUCCCCUUGCGUGUUCUUAAUUUCCCAUCCACUUGCAACUUCCCAGCGGCGAUCGCUAUUGAUCACUCAGUAAAUAUUUAUAAGUAGUUAGCUUCUAUUUGUCUGUUUAGUCUGUGACACGUUGCUCUUUCAUAAUCCUGUACAUCUCGAUUGUACUUCUGCAAUUUUUCACAGACUAAAAAGACAUGCAUACCUAUAUGGAUAAAUAAAAUCAGAUUUAAUUAGCUAAAAAAAUAGUAAUUACGAAAUAGCCAACUUAUUAAAUGGCACAUCUCUUUAAAAAUGUAGAAAUUAAUAUUGAUCAUCGACUAAGUAUCGAUCUAUAUAUGGAUUUGAAAUAUUUGUUUGUUGUUUGCACAAUCUGUAAUUUUAAGCGUGAAAGCUUUUUUUAAUUUUAAUUAUUAUUUUCUUAGCAUUCAUGAGAUGUCUUCGUGUAAUUGGCGUUACAAUCCAAUUAAUGUUAUUAUAAAAGGAAUCAAGUAAAAUUGUAAAAUGGUUUCGGAGUUUGGAAGGGAUAAGUCUUCGGUGUUGUAUUACAUCAGAUUGAAAAAUUUUAUAUGACGUACGUACCUUAAUUAAUAAAAUUCAUAUAGACCUCACAAGUUUUCUUUAUAAUAAUUAAAAUGGACUUCUAAUUUUUUCUAACAAUAUACAAUAAUCUUGCGUGAAGCUCAACAAUGGUUUAAUUCUUCAAAGCUCAAAUAUAUUAUGUCGCCUUUAAUUCUAUCAGAUAAUAAGACUGCGUGCGGCUCCGUUGUGGCAUAGAAAUGUUUGGAUAUGUAGGUGUCUUUUAAAGUUUCUUCUAAAAAAUAUAUAUCAUACAAAUGGAUUGUUCGAUUUCGGGACAUAAAGUAUAGCAACUAGUUCGACUAACGGUUAACAUUUACUCGAAUAUCACCACUAACUAUACUCUGAUAGUAAAUAAGUUUAAUGUAUUAGAUUUAAAUAAAAUCUCCUUGUGUAAGCCAAAUCUCAUAAAAUAAUGACAAUAUCAAUAGAACAGAAUGAAACUGUUUCUUCUAUAAAAAUGUAUUAGUUUUGUAUUUUGUUUGUUCACUGAAUAUAUUUUAUUUUAAAUUUCUUCAUACUGUUUCAAAACGCGCCAUAUGUUAUACCUAGUAGUAUAUGUUUUAUCGUUCCUAAUGAUAACACAAUCUGAAAUAUUAAUGUUAUUUAUAUAAGCAUUGAUGAAACCUACAGUUAUAUAUUUAUUUAAAUCGUAUGAAAAAUACGACUAAUAUCGAAUUCCAUAUGGUAUUUUGUGCCAAACUAGGUGUCAAUACCAAUGCUUUUUUAAAAUAAUCACUGUUAACAUAGUACUGAAUAAAUAUCGUGAAUGUAGUUAGCUGUAAUCUAAGCGUUUCAUUUCACAUUGGCAACGCGAUCACUUAAAUACCCUAUAGUUGAAAAUGCACUUUACCUAAUGAAAAAAAUACACUACGUAGUUUCUCUUCGUGAUCAAGUUCGAAAUUUCUAUCAUAGGUUAGGUGAAUAACGUGUAAUGGUUUAAUUGUUUCUUUACCCAUUGAGAAAUAGACGUAAAGUUAUUGAGUUCAAGUAGGUAUAUCACCUAAGCUGUUAUAUGAAACCUCCAUGAAAAUGUAAACUGUUCAGAUACUGCUUCCGUUAAAAUUUGGUUGAAAAAUUUAAAUGAAGAUAGAAAUUAAUUUCCUUCCUGAUUUUUCUAUUCUUCUGUUUUGAAUCAUGCCUUAAUGGAAACACAAUUCUGUUUAUUUAUUCAGAAAAUAUCAACAAGACAAAGUAACAAGUUAGAAAAGGAUUUUGAUAUCGUUUCCGUCGUCCAGUAUCUUUCAGUUUACAAAUUACAUCGGAGGUUUUAAUAUAAAGUGUUGAAUGUUUUACAGUAAUUUUGAUAUUUAUUGUAUAUUAUGUAUCAAUACUGUGUAGAUAUUGUAAUUAUUUAUUAUUAUUAUUACCACACGUAAAUACAUAUUUCAAUUAUAUUUAAAAAUUUUAAAUAUCAGUUUUAAUUGUUUUCAUUUUUUGUGAUUGAUUAAAAUAAAACUUGUUUAUUAAUAUACAUAUGUUAAAAUAUUCGAAUUUAAUAAUUACGAACUUAUACAAUCAAUUUAUAGAUAUUGUUAUACUAAGAAAAUAUAAUUAAUAAAAUUAAUAAACAAAUAUGGGUGAAAAAUUAUAUGAAGAAUGAGCUCAUUAAUUGCGAUUGUAUUUCAUACUUCAAUGACAUUUGAACGUAAUGUAGGAAAAUGAAUGAAUAUUUAGAAAGACUUAUUGGAGUAAAAUACGAAGGUUACUAAUGUUAUAAAUAUUGUACUUUUAUAAUUUAUCCUUAUAUCAUUUGCUGUCACAUAUUUUAUGGUCACCAUUUUGUCAAACUACUUACAUCACUUUAAAUGUAGUUCGUCUUCUACGUGAGAACAUCAGUGGCAUGAAUCCAACGGUUUAAUUGAAUAAAAUAUUGUUAGUUAUAUAUAAUUUUUAACAUAAAUAAAUAUUUUAUUUAGUGAUUUGCCUAAAUUUGAAGUGCCUUUACGUGUUUCGGACGAUAAAAGCACAUAUUAUUUAUUACAAUAGCGGAAUUGUCGAUCGUAGUUUGACGAAAUGUUGCAUUAAAAGUCAUUAUUUAAGUUGAAAUUUAUGCAAUUUUCAAUGACUUCCAGCGAUAUAGUUAAAUCUAAUUUGUAAAUUAAUGUACGCAUUCCUAUUGUUUUAUAUGUAUUGAUAUUAUAAUUUUAUGACACAUGGAAAAUUACUUUUUAUUGCUUAUGAAUAAAUAUAAAAUGUAUAUA